GGAAGUCCUGAGCAUUAUACAGCUCGUUACUCCAGAGCUAGGUGUAGGUCUUCCGGUGUCUGGUCUGGAAUGGGACAGCUGUUGUUUUUCUAAAGUUUAUAGUUCAAGCAGAAUUACGCCGACAUGUCAGACCCGACGCGACAGAAGAACGCCGGUUGUGUUCUCGCUGUCUUUUUGUUUAUUGUUUGUGUCUCGCGUGCGACCGAGGCUCCUGAGAGCAGCGAGCUGGAGGAACCGGAGCGCUAUGACGCUUACUAUAAUUAUGUAGAGCUCACCCGCAGACUCGAGUCUCUGGCCGGGAGAUUCCCACACGUCGCUAAUCUGAGCAGUGUCGGGCGCUCGGUCGAAGGCAGGGAGCUGUGGGUGAUGCGGAUCACCAGGGAGCCUGCGCGCGACGCGCCGGGUAAACCCAAAUUCAAGUACGUGGGGAACAUGCACGGGGACGAGACGGUGUCACGCCAGGUGCUGGUCUACCUGAUCGAGUAUCUCCUGGGCCACUACGGGGGCGACCCUCGGGUCACGGAGCUCGUCAACACCACGGAUAUUUACAUCAUGCCGAGCAUGAACCCGGACGGCUUUGAGAGGUCACAGGAGGGCGACUGUCUCGGCCAAGCCGGGGGCAGGAACAACGCCAGGAACCGCGACCUGAACAGGAGCUUCCCGGAUCAGUUCACUCCGAUCAGCGUGAAUGAAGCUGAUAUUCCUGAAAACGUUGCUGUGAUGAAGUGGAUUCUUGAGAACAAGUUUGUCUUAUCUGGAAAUUUGCAUGGCGGCACCGUAGUGGCCAGUUACCCGUUCGAUGACUCGGUCACGCACAACAACACCGGCAUGUACAGCAGUUCACCCGACGACGCUCUCUUCCGCCACCUCGCGCUAGUUUACGCCAAGAAUCACCCGAUCAUGAUGACAGGAAGGCCCAAUUGUAAAGACGAACCCAACGAGACGUUCCAGGAUGGGAUCACUAACGGUGCACAGUGGUACGAUGUUCCAGGAGGUAUGCAGGACUAUAAUUAUUUGAAAGGGAACUGCUUGGAAAUCACCAUGGAGCUGAGUUGCUGCAAGUAUCCCCCGGCUUCAGAGUUGGCGAAAGAAUGGGAUAAUAACCGAGAGUCUCUGCUGGCGUACAUAGAGCAGGUUCACAUCGGUUUGCGAGGUUUUGUCAAAGAUGUCGGCACCGGCAUUGCCCUUCCUGAUGCGGUCAUCUCGGUGGCAGGGAUUAACCACAACAUAACCACGGGUCACUUUGGUGACUAUUACAGGCUGCUUCUGCCCGGAAGCUACAACUUCACAGUAGUAUCAACUGGGUACGUGCCAAGGACCGUGACGGGUGUUCACGUAUCCGAAGGCAAAGCUACAGAGCUGAACUUCACACUAGCACCUCUAGUCACUGAGAAUGUGAGCCUCACAACUACAUUGCUGACUUCACCCUCUACAACCCCUACCACCAAAAGCAACAGCGUUCAAACCAACUCCAGCACGCCUGGUGGUGAUACAAAAGUUUCAGAGACGCCUUCAACCAGCUCUGAGUCGGCGCCGCGACCACAGCCGCAUCAGCCUCAGUUGUUUCGCCAUCAUCACAACAAAGACAUGGAGUUCUUCCUGGGGAGACUCAGCAACACGUACAGCUCCAUCACACGUCUCUACUCCAUCGGCAAGUCCGUUCAGGGCGUUCCGCUUUGGGUCAUGGAGAUCUCUGAUAACCCCGGCAAACACGAACCAGGAGAACCAGAGUUUAAGUAUAUCGCUAACAUGCACGGCAACGAGGUGGUAGGACGUGAGCUGCUUCUAAACCUGAUAGAGUAUCUGUGCCUUAACUAUGGCAGUGACCCCGAGGUCACGCAGCUCGUCAACAACACCCGCAUCCACAUCAUGCCCUCCAUGAACCCUGAUGGCUAUGAAAUUGCUCAAGAGGGAGAUGUUAUGGGUUACCGUGGACGCAAUAACAGCAACAACUACGAUCUAAACCGCAAUUUCCCAGACCAGUUCCAAACCAUCACUGACCCCCGACAGCCAGAGACUAUAGCCGUGAUGGACUGGGUGAAAAGCUACCCAUUUGUACUGUCGGCUAACCUGCACGGAGGCUCUCUGGUGGUAAAUUACCCAUACGACGACAACCAAAUGGGCAUCAGUACUUACAGCAGGUCUCCAGACGAUGACGUGUUUAGGAUGGUCGCCCUCGCUUACUCGCGGGAAAAUCCUCUCAUGCAUGAAGGGCACCCUUGUAAAGAGAUAAAAGAAUACCAAGAUGAGUACUUUAAGGAUGGCGUUACUAACGGAGCUGCUUGGUACAAUGUGCCAGGUGGUAUGCAGGACUGGAACUAUCUAAACACUAACUGCUUUGAGGUGACCAUAGAGCUGGGCUGUGUGAAAUAUCCUAUGAUGCAGGAGUUGCCGCAGUAUUGGGAACACAACCGGAAAUCCCUGCUGCAAUUUAUUCACCAGGUCCACAGAGGAGUGAAGGGGAUGGUGACUGACAGUGAGGAUGGAACUGGUAUCCCCAAUGCCAUCAUCACUGUAGAAGGUAUCAACCACCCCAUCACCACCAGCAAAGAUGGAGAUUACUGGCGUCUGCUUGUCCCUAAAACAUACCGCAUAACUGCCUCUGCUCAAGGCUACAAGCCUGUUGUCACAUACGCCACCGUGCGCGAAGGUGAGGCGGAAGUUGUGAACUUUAAGCUGACCCGUAUACGGAGUGACCCAGGCGACGAGUUCGAGAAACUCAUCAAGCAGCUCUCAGUGGGACCCGGACUGGACCAGCUGAUCCAGGACACGGCCACCACCACCACCAGCAGCUUCACCUAUCGCGGCUACAACGAUGUACAAGACUUCCUGCGAGACCUGAGACUCAACUUUCCCAACAUCACCUUUCAGCACAGCCUUGGUCGGAGUGUGGAGUUUAGGAACAUCUGGGCCCUGGAGAUUUCCAACAACCCUCAAACACCAGAUCCUUCCAAGCCCAAGAUCAGAUUCGUGGCUGGCAUUCAUGGCAAUGCUCCAGUCGGUACGGAGCUGCUACUGGAGUUUGCUGCUUAUCUGUGUAUGAACCACGGCAAGAAUGCGGCUAUAACCAAGUUAAUCAACGAGACAACAAUCGUUAUAGUUCCUUUAAUUAACCCAGAUGGUCGUGAGCUCGUUAAGGAAACAGGGUGCACCUCCACUCUCGGUUUGACCAAUGCAAACGGCAAAGACCUCGACACUGAUUUCUUUGGUAACGCAUCCCAGCGCUCCACAGAAGCUCAGCCUGAGACUCGAGCUAUGAUGGAACUAAUACAGGAGAAGGGCUUCACUCUGUCAGUGUCUCUGGAUGGAGGCUCUGUACUGGUUACCUACCCUUAUGACAAACCAGUUCAACCAGUUGAAAACGAGAGUACGUUGAGGUAUUUGGCCACUGUGUAUGCCAACAACAAUCCCAAAAUGCACGUAGGAGUCACAGGAUGCCAAAAGAAUGGCCAGAUGGGAAACAUCCCUGACGGAGUGCUGCGGGCAGCUGAGAAACACAGCCACAUGGGCAGCAUGAAGGACUUCAGUGUGGACUUUGGUCACUGUCCAGAGAUUACAGUAUAUACCAGUUGUUGCCUGUUCCCUUCAGUUGAGGAGCUGCCCAAAAUCUGGACUGAGAACAAGAAGUCUCUUCUCAGCAUGCUGGUAGAGGUGCACAAAGGAGUUCGCGGAAUUGCAAGGGACAAGAAUGGAAAGCCCGUAGUCGGGGCGAUGAUCGUGCUGAAUGGUGGCGUGCGAGUGUUCACGAAUGAAGGAGGGUACUUUCAUGCCCUGCUGGCUCCAGGGUCACACAGCAUCGAAGCAGUAGCAGAGGGAUACCAACAGCAACGGCAGAAGGUGAUUGUCUUGUCAUAUGAGGCAGCGACCUCCAUCGCCAUCGAGUUCGAUAUGGACAACCGCAUCUUCGGUUUACCGCGAGAGUUAGUGGUGGCAACUGCAGCUGCAGCUAUGACGGCUCUGGCCAUCACUGGGUGCAUCAUCUUCUGCGUAUGCUCGGCCAAGUCCAACAGACAGAAGGACGGCUUUCACCGUCUGCGCCAGCAUCGUGACGACUACGAAGACGAGAUCCGGCUCACGUCCAUGGGCUCCAAGAAGUCCCUGCUGAGCCACGAGUUCCAGGACGAGAGCGAAAGCGACGAAGACACCCUGUACACAAAUAAACACUGAUGUUUGACCUCCGAAACAAUGCUCACUUCGUACUUUGCCACCCUACUGGGCCGACGUCUCCUGAGAGAGCCAGAAGUCGAAGGUCACCGUCCAAACCAGCAGGGGAUGCUCGACUCAAAGGCCUGUCUGCACAGACUGCCAUGAAAUCCAUCCCAGGAUGCACUUUACCGUUUGGCCUUUAGCGGGGAGAUCAUUAGACUGUUUCAUUUUACGUGUUAGCGUAUGCAACCCUUAUAAUAAUCUGCUCUCGACCAACAUGCUAUUUAUUUCAAGCUAAAUUAUGUUUGUUUGUUUCGGAGUGCGGAAAUAUUCUGCACGUCUCACUCUCUCACUAACUCAGUCGGCCAUAUGAAUAGAAACUCAGCAGGAUUUACUAAACACAGUGCCUUGUUUGAUUAGCCUGAGCCAUCGCUGCCUGUCGGCUAUCACUGAGGCGUGAAGAUCAGGAAAACGUGUGUAAGUUUAGUUCUCCUUUCCGUUCGGGUCGUAGAUCAGGAGGCUAAUCAUUGUUAAUUUUCUCAUUCCUGUCGUUUCCACACAGUAGGUGACAAAGUAUGCAUGUGAGUCAACUUGGAGCAGAAGUGCUGCUUAUGAUUUCUAAUACUGAGAUCAGUUAUAGGUAAAUUAUGAGCCUCGAAACCUCUCUAGAAAAACAUUUUACAAUUCAGUGACUAUAGGUUUUUCUACUGGACAGUGCAGUAAGGGUAUUAAUCUCCCAAAAAAAAUGGAACUGAAUAUUUACCCUACUUUCCAGAGGAACCUGUAAAUCCAGCAGAAAUGUGAAUGAAGUUUAAGCGUUCAAUCUCUCCAGUCAAAAAACCCGCUCAGAUUCAGGUGGCAGUAAUAGUAUUCUGUUGGAUUUAUUCUAUUUCAUAAACGCACGGUAGGUUAGGAUGUCUUGUGUUGUGAUGCAUUGUGUUUAGUGCACUAUGUUAAAGGAAUAAAAUCUGGCAGGAUUCCUUCCUUCCUGAAGUCUUUUAUUCCUUGAAUACCAGCCUCCAGUUUGCCAAAAAAAAUUCUAAUUCUAAAGUUCUUAUAUUGAUAAGUAACACAUUGUCCCAUGUUACUGUUUAUCGUUCCAUGUAAUGGUCUGGAACAUCCCACUACACACGUUAUACUUAUAGAGUAAGUACAAGUUUCUUUAUCAUUUUAUUACAACAUUCAUAAACAGUUCUUUACCAGCCUUUCAAUUUGUUUUUUUUUUUCUGGAAAUCAGGAUAACCAAAACAGAAACUAGAAAGAGCAAACUCGUCCAUUAUGAAGACUUUGCUUUACAUUCUUCUAAUCCUACAGAAACCAACACAACAUCUAUGAUUGUUCGUCUUUCUUUAAAUACGAACACCUUUUGUACUGUAAUUGGGUUCGGAUUUAUGGAAUUGUGCAAAUAUUUCAUUGCACAAGGCUGCAGUUUAUUACAGGAAAUAUAUGCAUAGUCUGAAAUUUAUUUAGACUUUGUCAAUAAUUUUGUUUAUUAAAAAAACGUUUUUGUUUAUAAUUAUUUAAAAAAAUAGAGUUGAGAGAUAAACAAUGGCAAAUCCUUUAAUGAGAUGAUUUGCCCAAUUAUUUGCCUAUAUAAAUAAAUUCGAAAUUAAAGUCGCAAUAUUUGUUUAAAAUAAUGGCAAUUUAAUAAAAAAAAAUGUUUAAUUAAAUUGUACAGCCCUAGUUACUAUAAUUUUGAGAUUAGAAGUACAGCUGACACAGAGCUGCUUUAUAAAGAAGGAAUUUUCUGAUCAGUCAGAUUCGAGAAUUUAACAUCAGUAGUGUGGUUUAUAAGCUCUGACCAGACCUUCAUUUAAGAUUUAUUUCGGUGUAAAGAAGUGUCAUUUAAUCCACUUUGCAUCUGCUUUCACUGAGAUUAAUAUAUAGUGAUGGUCUGCUCGCUUCAUUUAUGCGGGUUAACAAAUUUCUGCGUCUUGUGCCAAAGUUACUUUCAUUAAAUAAUAAAGAAAUAAAUAAAUACGAUAUUUUCAUUAUGCUUUUUCAUUAUGACGUGAAUCCCAUCACUGAAUGUUCAGUUAAGUUUUUCAAUGAUUUUAAGUUACUGUAACUUGAACCUUGAACCUUCUCAGUUCUUGAAUACUUGAAGGUUCUCAAUUCAAUAAAUUUCUAUUUUAUUUAUAUAGCGAUUUUAACAAUGGUCAAUGUUAAAAGCCUAUAAUAUUAUGUAAAUUUCUAUUAAUAUGACGCUGUCCAGUGGAAAAACACUAUUAUUUAGCGAUUACAUUUCUUAGUCAGUUUUCAGAAUUGUAAUAUAACUGAGUGGUGUGAAUCUUUGGCAUGGUAUUUUAAUUUUAAUUUAUUUUUGUCCCAAAUCAAAUGUUUGUGUACAGCGAUGCGCUCGUUAAUGUAUUAAAUCUCUUCUGAAAGUUUUAUCAAGCCACAGGCAAAGUAGUGUGUUGAUGUUUUAAUUCUUACAGAUUUUUUUCCUUUCUAAAAUAUUGUCGUUUUUUUUAAACAUUAAAACAUUUCCACAUUACCGACAGUGGCUUAAAUACGCUUGUUCUCACAAGCUAUAAUAUAUACUACAUAGACACUUGUUUCGGAUUUUCAUGAAUCCUCUUUUUCUGUAUGCAAUUUUAUUAAGUACUUAUUAACAAAUGACACAUUAUUACGGUUUUUACACCAUGACUAAUUAAUGGACAGUUGGUCUUCUUAAUCUUUGGUCUUCAUCAUCCUUCCGGGUUACUUGGACGUAUUUAUUCCAUUCAAGAUUAGCUUUGAUGUGUCACUUACUGCCAGUAUAAUCAAAUCCAGUGAUUAUAAAAAUUCCACUCUUGUGCAGAUUUGAACAAAGACUGAGCACACACAUGAAACAAUGAAUUUUAGCCAUGUGCAACAGUGUUUAAGUAACUAGAGUAAUUUUCUUUCCUUGAACUGCCUCUGUUCUUGUAACCUGCAUAUUAUACUGUUUAUUAGGAAAUGCCUAAAAGUGAGCCUAAGAAGCAUGUACAUUACAUUUUUUUUUUUUUUUUGGUGUUUCAUAUAUACAGUAUGAAACCAGCGGAACUGAUUGUGUGCUGAUGAAUACAGACAGAUCUAUCAUACAUAUUUUAUUUUAGAAUACUGUCUUUUAUCCCUGUAAUACUGUAUAUAUGUGCACAGCAAAGAUUUUCGUUAUCGAAAGAGAGACACAAAACCCUGGUGGAUGUGCGGAUAUAAUACAGCUCUCCACAACAUGAUGUUCGUUCGGUGUUGAUUUAAGACACUAAAUAAUCUUAUCAAGCACACCCAGUGUGUCAUUUUUUCAUUGACUGUAAAGUCUAAUUUUUAACAGAGUGUAAAUGAAUUGGUGUAUUUAAACAAAUGUGUAUAGGUUUCGGACGUACCGGUCAGAAAGUUGUAUAUUCGUUCCCCUUUUGAUACGAAAAGCGAUUGUAGAUAAUCAGUGUCACUUGUGUGUAAAUGAUGUGCAGUUUAAAUGAACAAUGAGACGUGAUGGUGCAGGGUCAAACCUGUCUUUAUAUCUGGUGCAGAUGAAAUAAAAUGGUCUAUGGCUUGAAUAAAUGUGUGACUGAAAAGAAAAUAGAGAUUUUAA